CAGGCAGGCUUUGCUAUUCCAUCCAUUCUAUUUCAGCCUAUCAGAACUUGUUACAUAUCAAAAUUUUAAAAUUUUAGCUUUACAAAAUUUGUAAAUUUUAUACCCCGAUUAGCUAGAUUUUUAUUCCCAAAGAUGCGGAUGCUUUGCGACAGACUCUCCGCCCUGACGGCUGGUGCCAUGGUCGGCGUUUGGUACGCCCAGAACUUCCCCUGUGAAAACCCCUCGGAUGUAGGCGACAAAGAUAAGGCCAAGGACAAGGCCAAAAGCGCGGAUAAGGGAAAAGAGAAGGAAAAGGGGAAGGAUGAUGGCCAGAACAAGGGCAAGGAGAAAGUUAGUCCAAAACGUACUAGACACGAUCAAAACUCAAACGUCGACGAUGCAAUUGGCUCAAAAAGGAAAGGUGCGAAGUAAAUGGCCGCUGAUAACGCUUCCGAAAGAGCUAUGUUUAUAUGAUUUUAUUAUUACAUGCUCUGAAGGAGAUGUUAACGAUUUUGCAUUUAAAUAAAUAUACGAAAAUGCGUAUUGUAUCAUCUUAAAAA